GGGCAGUCAGAGUGACGAGUUUUGUGCGCUGGUGUGAGUUUUGUCUCUUCUUUUCCAAGUCCUGGCGUGAUGGCGUGGUGCGCGUUGGUGACAGCGGCAGUGACGAGUAUGGUGAUGGAGGUUGCCGGCAGUAUGGAAGACACAAUCAAGGAUCUUUACGAGGAGCCGCCGGAGGGUCAGGAAGGCAGGUUCUUCCUUAACUACGACCAAUCGACGGCUUUCAACACCUCAGUAUCCGUCACCAUCCCGAUCUUCUCGUUUACCUUGCCUGGUGCGAGGGACUACACAACCAAUGCACUCAGUUUGCAGUCCUUUGGCGCCCUUUCCUACAUUGUGCUCUUCCUGCUGGGCGGUCUGGCUUUGUCCGUUUUCACCACCACUCAGGGGGGCUCCUUUUCAGGCAGAUCUGAAGUAAACAACUUUUAUGAGUCAACGCUGACUAGUUUGGUUACGGAGUCGUUGUCAUUACUACCCAGUGUCGUGGACACAAGAAGUUGUGCCAAGCUGACCAUCUGCGAGGCCUAUGCAGAUUCAGACAGAUACAGCUUCCUAACCUGGCCUAUCAAAUUCCUUGUGCCGUCCCCGGGGCGCAACGUACCGUUAAGGGAGAUAACGGAGUUCGAAGCGGCGGCGAGGUACGGCGACGAGAAUGGAGAGGACUGUCAGGACGAGUAUCCUUGCCUGGUCCAGCCCCUCGACCUCAUCCUCCUCAUAUACAACUACUGGCACCGGGACGAGUAGAUGGUCCCUGGCGACCACUGAGGCAGCCGCUGCAGCACAGCGGCGCCAACAUCGAAGAUGACAGAGUUGAGGAUGGGAGAGUUUGAAACUCUGGUUGCUCAAGAUGGCUCCGUGGCUAGAACCCUGUCGUCGGCUGCUUGCUUCGGCAUUCUUGCGUCUACCUAUCUAAUAUAUUACAGAUAUCAACAUGCAAUGCUUGCACUGGUUUAUGUCACUACGAUAAACUAAUAAUAAAGACUUUUGAGAUUGU